AUGCCUGAGUCGAUUUUCGUUUCUGGAGCCACAGGAUUUAUUGCCCAGCACUUGAUCAAACUCUUGCUCGAAAAGGGCUACAAGGUUGUCGGUACCGUGAGAUCCGAGUCUAAAGGUGCUCACUUGGCCAAAUUGUUUAACUCAAGCGACUUCACGUACGAAAUUGUGCCUGACAUUACCCCCGAGGGAGCUUUCGAUGAGGCGUUGAAGAAGCAUCCAGAAGUUACUGUGUUCUUGCACACGGCCUCUCCAUUCCACUUCAAUGCUACCAAUGUCGAGGAAGAAUUGCUUAAGCCAGCUGUCAAUGGUACUAAGAAUGCCUUGAAGGCCAUUGAGAAGUACGGUCCCCAGAUCAAAAAGGUGGUUGUAACUUCGUCGUACGCUGCAGUCUCCACGUCUGAGAAGGAGUUCGACGGCUCUCACACCAACAACGAGGACUCGUGGAACGACAUCUCAUGGGAGGAUGCCAAAAAGGACCCUUACAUGGGUUACCGUGGAUCCAAGAAGUUUGCUGAGAAGGCUGCCUGGGACUACGUUGAGCAAGAGAAGCCCAAGUUCAUAAUCAACUACGUGAACCCCUCAUAUGUUUUCGGCCCCCAGGCCUUUGACUCCGAGCUCAAAGAUAACCUCAAUACAUCUUCAGAGAUCCUCAACAGCUUCUUGAAGUUGAAGGCUGACGCCAAGGUUCCCGGCACCAGGGGUGGCUUUGUGGAUGUCAGAGAUGUCGCUAAGGCCCACAUUGUCGCUUUUGAGAAGAACAUCGCCAACCAAAGGUUGUUGCUUAACGCCGGCAGAUUUGCUGCCCAAGACAUUCUUGAUAUUUUGAAUGACAAAUUCGAGUCCUUGAGGGGCCAGAUUCCAAAGGGUACCCCCGGAGCUGGAAAGGCUGUGAAUGAGAAGAUGUGCAAGAUCGAGAACGAGAGGACUAAGGAAAUCUUGGGCUUCAAGUUGAUUGACUUGGAGACCACCGUUUACGACUCUGUCAAGCAGAUCCUCGACGCGAAGGCUAAGCUUUAA